GCUCGUGUUUGUGCAACGACUGGCCUCUCUCUCAGCUCACUCUGGGUGGGUUACCACUGAUGCACGCAUGGUUGAAGGGAGAGGAAAGCGGACAGCUUGAUCCAGCCUGUGGGAUGCAGCCGCAGAGGCAGAAGAAGAAGAGAGUUUGUGCAAUGUGGUGAGGGAGAGCAAAAACAGCAGAGGGGCUGGCCUUGGUACAGAUCCACCAUUGCUGGUUUUGGCCAGAACAGGGAAAAAAAGGCGUCCACCAGUGGGAGGAAAAAGAGCAAUCCACUGGUGACACACUCAAAGACUGCAUUAGUGGGAAAGACGAAGGGUGAGCCGACCAUUUGAAGCUCAGUGCCAAAUUGUGGAAGGCAAGAGGAAGAAGAGGAGAAAGUAGGCGGAGGACAACGAAGGGAGUUGAGGGCCUAGAGCCCAAACGCAAACAGGAUGACGGAGAACAAAAUAAGUCUCCCAGCUAAGCUGAUUAAUGGGGGUGUGGCAGGCCUGGUUGGUGUGACAUGUGUAUUUCCUAUCGAUCUGGCCAAAACCCGCCUACAGAACCAACAGGGCGCCCAGGUUUACAAAGGAAUGUGGGACUGUCUGGCUAAGACAAUUCGCUCAGAAGGAUAUUUUGGAUGCUACAGAGGCGCAGCAGUCAACCUCACUCUUGUCACACCGGAAAAAGCAAUCAAACUGGCGGCUAACGAUGCCUUUAGACAAAAACUCUCCAGAGACGGCCAUUUGCCCCUUUGGGGGGAAGUUCUGGCAGGGUGUGGGGCCGGGACAUGUCAAGUGGUGGUCACGACUCCCAUGGAAAUGCUGAAAAUCCAACUACAAGAUGCAGGGAGGCUGGCUGCCCAGAGGAAAGUCACACCAGCUCAGGCUACUGCUCCUGGUUCCGCUCCAUCAUUAGUGGCACCCCAGCCGCCCCGGCCCAGUCCUGCCCUACGGACAUCUGCCACCAGCAUCACAGCGGAGCUGCUGAGGACCCGAGGUCUUGCGGGCCUGUACAGGGGAGCGGGAGCCACCUUAAUGAGGGAUGUCCCUUUCUCAAUGAUCUACUUCCCAUUGUUUGCCAACCUGAAUGCACUGGGGAGGGAAAAACACAGAAAUCCAGGAGAGGUGCAGGCAAAGGCUCCUUUCUGGCAGUCCUUUGUGGCGGGAUGCGCUGCAGGCUCAGUGGCAGCUGUAGCUGUCACACCGCUGGAUGUGGUAAAAACUCGACUGCAAACGCUGCAAAAAGGUGAAGGGGAGGACACCUACAGAGGAAUUGUAGACUGCACACGGCGCAUAAUGAGCCGAGAGGGACCCUCAGCAUUCCUGAAAGGUGCAGCAUGCCGCGCAUUGGUCAUUGCCCCCCUUUUUGGCAUUGCGCAAGGUGUCUACUUUCUGGGUGUUGGGGAAGCAGUAUUAGGAUUUAUGGAAUAAAACAAUCGUCAGUGGGUCGUGUUGUAUCUGCACAAUUCAUUUUGCGCAGUCAAUCUGGAGUACACUAGUGAAGGCCCCAAUAUACUACGUGUGGACCCAGCAGCUCACACUCUUCUGUUAUCUGGGCUUGCAAGGUGCAGGCAACAGGGUCUUGUGUACUGUGUGUGCUGUGCCGCAAGGCAUUUUGAAUUUACGUCCGGAGUUAUCCCUUCACCUAAAAGAGAUCAUUGUCUGGUUGCUAAGAAAAAGUUGCAUGUCAAUCAGGCUGCUGCUAACCAUUUGCUUGGUUCCAAAUCAUCUCAAGUGGUCUCAUUGCAUAAUCCUCAACCUCACAGAUUAAAAAAAUUGAUCUUCUUUACUUGCCCCGUUAUGAUUUCUUCCCACUCAAUCUGUGUGGCCUGAGUUGUAACCUUGGAUUCCCUAUACCUGGAUUGGGAAAUGCUCCCUGUCAGUAGGUCCUUUGUUAAUCUGAUGGUAAUGACUUAAUCCCUGCAUUAGCGUAAAAUAUACACACGCAGUUCACUUCCGGCCUAAAAGCUACACACUCUUGGGCCACUGCACUUAAACCAUGCUGAUGCUUCCUUCUGAACAGAAGGUUUAAAAUAAACCCUAAAUAAUGGGACCAAAACCUACUUCUAACAAAUUUUUAAAAAAAAAAAGGAAAUUAAAAUGAAAGCCUUAUUAUUGUUCUUUGUUAAAAUAAAAAAAAACAAGAAAUGGUCUUGAAUUUUCUGAUUUGUGCUGUUCAGUAUUCAUUUUGUAAAA